CCGACUCAAUGACAGCGACUGUCAACGUAAGAAAGGACCAAUCAAGCAUCACCAAGUUGCCAGAGUGUGGUUAUCUGUUGAGUCUAAAGGUUAAUCUCUCACUUGCCAGUUUAAAACGACACGCCUUCACCUCACGACCAAUCAGAUUUCUCAUCGAUCCGCUUUAGACAUGAGCGCACAGACCGAUUUAUCCCAGAUGGAAAGGAGACAGCGUCGCAGUCAGGCUCAUGCCGACGGUGCUGGUAACGGCAGUAAACGACUAACAUGAAAACACUUGUGAAGACGUUGGCACUUUGACAAUGAUGUGAAGGACAUGUGUAGGUGGACUGUUGAUAACUCAGGCGUGAGAGCCUAAACUUUGUUACGUGUGUGUGCUGCAAAGCGAGUUAUAAAACGUUACUUACAAGUCAUAAGGGUUAACUUAGAUGUGCCGGAAAGGUGUAUCUUGGAGACGGAGUGAAAGCUGUGCAAUUACUUCAUACUAGUCGUAUCGGACACAAGGAUAUGAGUACCGAUAUGUAAGUUUUUCUGACAAUCCCAACCUUGACAUCGUUGUUAUGUUUACUGUAGGAUAGAACAUUGAUGUGGAUAUGUUAUUUGAGACUUGUAAUAUAAGUUUGUGAUUCGUGACCUUGCUAAACUAGACGUUGUUUAGUGUUUUUUAUUGAUGUUAUCAAUCUAUGCUAAACAAAGUAUAUAUAUUUUGAUUAUGUUCUUUUGUUAAAUAUUUACUAGUAAUAAUCUCUCGUUAAUGAAUAUACAAAGUUGCUGAUGGGUAGAUAGAAUUCUUUACAGUCCUCGCAAUUACGAGCAAUUCGUAUCAAUGAGCUAAAUUUUUCAACAACGUUUACGACCAAUAUCAAUCAUCUGUGAACCAUUCCAACAUUGAAUGCAGCAAUUAGCUACUUGAGACAGUCUGUCACACACGCAUCCAUUAAUUUGACGUUAAAUGGCUGUAACUGUGGUCCCACUAACAAUGUCUUACAAUAUGACGGAGCUGUUCGACAACAUGACGGGAUAUGGAGGCAGUGAACCACCAUCUUACGUCUUCGUCCGGCGGCUACAGACUGUGAUGUUUCCGAUAAUAUGUAUUGCUGGAACGGUUGGCAACUGUCUUGCAGUCGGUGCUUUCUUCAGCAAAUCAUUGCGGAACACCUCCUGCUGUUUAUACCUAGGUGUCAAAUCACUAUCAGACAUCGGAUUUCUAAUCAGUGUGUUCAUCAUAUUCCUGUUUCGUGUCCGAGUCGGGAUCAUGAGUAUACAAGGGAUCUGCCAGAUAACAAUCUUCCUGUCCUACGUUUGUCCCUUUCUUUCAAUAUGGCUCGUGGUGGUCAUAACGUUUGAGAACUUUAUCCGUAUAUCCCAACCUGCUCUGGUCCCCAGAAUCUGCACAACGAGAAUGGCCCAGAUGGUCAUAUUCAUCUACAUCACAGUGUCCCUUGCAGUGUAUAAUUUCCCUUUCUGGACCACGGGAGUAGACUACGGGAUGUGCUCACCUUUGCCCCAAUUCCAACAAAUCUCCAUCGUCUAUACCUACGUAGACAGUCUCCUGACCCUUGUGUUGCCGCUGGUGCUGAUGGUCAUCCUUGUCCCCUUGGUGACCGUCAGUGCCCUUCAGGCCCACAAGAGGAAGAUGAGAUUGCAGGCAGGGAAGCAGAGGAAGGACAAGAAGGCUUCACCUGAGGCGCAAGUAACAAGACUCCUCUUCGCUGUGUCUAUUGUGUUCAUUGUUCUUCACACCCCAAGUCAUUCCAUAAGAAUCAAGGAACUCGUGAUGCAGCUCAUCUAUAACGUAAGCCCAUCUUUUAAUGACCUUAUUGUGCACAGGAUCUUCGAAAUGUUUUAUUACCUUGAUUUCUGUGUCAGUCUAGCUGUGUAUUUAAUAUUUGGUGGUAACUUCAGAAAUGUGUUCAAGAAGAAGUAUUUCUCACGGUGCAAUGGCAAAGAGAAGGAGAAAGAACCUACAACAUUGGAAUCUCCAGUGUCACAGAGACUUAUCAAGUGAUAAUGUAAAAAUCACCCGUUCUGCUAACGAUGGACUGUAUAGACACUACUGUGUGUUACUAUAACAUAAUAUGUGAUAGAAUGAUGUUCGGCAUGUCCAUAUGUUAGAAUGCGUCCACAGAAACAUCUACUGGUUGUAAGAGGCGACCAAAUGGAUCGGGUGGUCAGGCUCGGUUACUUGAUUGAUAGUGUUGCCUGGUGCCCUGACGGCGUUGAUCGUUGCCCACAAUAUCGAUCACUGGAUUGUCUGGUCCAGACUCGAUUAUUUACAGGCCACCGCCAUAUAGCUGGAAUAUUGCUGAGUACGGCGUUACACACCAAACCAACAGAGCAUGUCGGUAUGUCCUUAAUACGGAGGUCGAACAUACACAAUUUUGCUGUGAUAUUUAAAUGGGGAUCACCAUUAUUUGAUGGAACGAGGAAAGAACAAACUAUUCGUGUAUAUUAUGCAUGUUGCUGGUUCGAGACAACAUAUAGAAAAUGUUACCGAUUUAUUUUGUCGCUAAAGUAGAUAGACGGGUUGUUCUAGAUGGGAACAACUGUAUUUUUAUUGCUGUAAUUUACAAAAUUCCUCCCGGUGUUUAUGUAGGGGAUAGAACUUUUAAAAUGUGUGGGAUGAGAUGGAAUUCAACUUCUUAACCUUUCUUUAACACUUGAUGUUGUACAAUAUAUACCCUUUAAAUAUAUGUUUACUCAUGAUGUUAUACCCGAUUAUUCCACUGAACCAUGUGAGUUAUUCAAGGGACAUGUUUGAUUUAAUCAUAUUAUCAAUUGAGUGGCAAGAAUAUAUUUUUCACACUUAUUUCGAACUAUUGAUUGAUUUAUGUAUUUGUGUAUUCUAUUAAGUUGUAUUAAAUACUUUCAUGCG